ACUAUAAUGAGGGGCAUGGGAGCUCCAGUGGCAGGGGGAGUACCAGAAUGGAGGGCACCUGCUGGUACUGCAAGAAGAUAGGGCAUCCUUGGUUCAAGUGCUUCAGCAGGCCGGAGGGAUGGGCACCUCCAGGCAUGAAGCCGCCCAGUGGUGAACGCGCACAAGGUGGUGCUGUGCAAGGCUCAGGUGCACAAGGUGAAGGUGCACAAGGUAAUGCCUAUCCUGGGAUGUUUCUCAUGGUUGAGGAUGUGCAUGGGCAUGAGGGUGAUGUGGGAUCUGUGGGAAAGGUUGUGAUGCACCCUCUCACGCACUGGGUGAUUGAUUCAGGUUGCACCAGUCACAUGACCCCACGGGCAGAUUUGCUUGAUGAGGUAAAACCCCCUGGGAAGAUCAAGUAUGUGGCAGCAGCGUCAGGUGCUUUGCUCCCUGUGAUUGGUGUUGGGAAUGCCAAGGUUAAGGGAGCUAAUGGGGAGCUUGUGGGGCUUGGGAAUGUUCUGCUAGUUGAAGGUUUGUCUGCUAACCUUCUCUCUGUGCGGCGACUGCAGAAGAGCAAGGCCGAAGUGACCUUUGGACCAACCAGCUGCCGUGCUAAGCUUGGGAAGAAGGUGCUGUGGAGUCUGGAAGAGGAGACCAGCUGCAUCAAGGACCUAUGGCAGCUGCCCAUCAUCCCUUGGAAUGGGAAGACUCCAACAACAGCAACGGCAGCAGCGGCAAAGGCAACAGCAGGAGGAGAUGCAACUGCACCAACUGAUGGGGUCCUGGAAGCAGUCAAGAAAGUGCACCAGCAGCAGACACAUAGUGAGGUGCUUGCUGGUGUGGAUGCGAGUGCGGCAUGGGCUAAGGCUUCAUCAAGGAGUGGAGAGGCCGAUUGGGAGACAUGGCAUGAGAGGUUGUGUCAUGUGAACUUCCCUAUGCUGCAGAAGUUGGUGAAGAAUGGGAGCCUGAAGGGCUUGGAGGUGAAAGGGGAAGUGAAGGAGAUUGGGAGCUGCCCUACAUGCUUGGAGACCAAGUUCUCCAAGUUCCCCUUCAACAGUGCAACAGGACCAGCCAAGACCCCACUUGCACUUGUGCACAUGGAUGUGGUGGGGCCCACAAGAGCCCCUUCCCUCUCAGGCAGCCGCUAUUUCUUGACAAUUGUGGAUGACCACACUCGGGCAGUGUGGGUUUACCCUUUGAAGAGCAAGGGGGAGGUGGCAGCGGCUGUCCUUAAGGAGUGGAUGCCUAGAGCUCAGAGGGAAUGCGGAUACAAGGUGAAGGUGAUCCGCAGUGACAAUGGUGGGGAGUUCAUUGGAGCUGAUUUUGAGGGGGAGUUGAAGAGGAAGGGGAUCCAGCAUCAACUGACAGUGCCCUACAACCCACAGCAGAAUGGCGUGGCUGAGAGGUUCAACAGGACCCUGCAGGAGGGGGCACGCACUCUCCUUGGGCGUGCAGGGCUGCCUGAUCCGUUUUGGGUGUCUGCACUGAGGCAGGUCGCCCUUGUGAAGAACAGGGUGCUGGCUACAGUUGGAGAUAAGGAGUGGAUCCCAUAUGUCAAGUGGUAUGGGAGUGCUCCAGCUGUGAACAUGCUGAGGGCAUUUGGGUGCAUGGUGGUGUUUCAUGUGCCUAAGGAGAAAAGGGGGAAGUUGGAGGCUUCUGGAAGAUGGGGUGUGCACUUGGGGAUUGCAAAGGAUCACAAGGGGUGGCUGCUAUGGGACUUGACCACCCAGAAGUUGACAGUGUCAAGGGAUGUGAAGUUUCUUGAGUCCCUGUACUACAAGGAAUGGAAGCAGCAGCAACAGAAGCUUCCAUCUACACCGCUCAUUGUGGAGGCAGAUGAGGUGCAGCAGCCUUCAAGACAGGUGGAGGUUGCAGUGUCAGAGGAGGAGAUGUCUGGGGUGACUGAGGAAGGGGGAGCAGCUGAAGUAGAGCAGCAGCAGCAGCAGCAGCAUGAGUCUCCAUCUCGAGUUCCACACCCGCCUGAGCGACCUAGGAGGGAUGUGCGCCCUCCUGUGAGGCUGACCUAUGGGGGAAGAGGCAAGCCAAAUGUGGUGCAGGCUGGGAGUGUGGUUGAGCAGAUUGAGGAAGAUGAGAUCGCUCACUGCUACUGGGCACCAAUCCCUGAGCCCAAGACUCGAGAAGAGGCCUUGAAUGGACCAAAUGGGGAGAAGUGGAAGGCGAGUGAGGAUGAGGAGUUCGGGUCCCUGAUUGAAAACGAGACAUGGGACCUGUGUGACUUGCCUCCUGGGAAGAAGGCAAUCACUUCCAAGAUGAUCUACAGGCACAAGUAUGGACCUGAAGGGGAGCUGACCCGCUACAAGUCUAGGCUUGUGGCAAGGGGGUUUCAGCAGACAAAGGGGAAGGACUAUGAUGAGGUGUUUGCUCCUGUGGGGAAAGGAACAACAUUGAGGGUGCUAUUGGCGAUGGCUGCACUCCUGGGAUGGAAGAUACGGCAGAUGGACAUUGUGACUGCCUUUCUGAAUGGGAUCAUUCUGGAGGAGGUGUACAUGAAGCAGCCAGAGGGGCUGGAUGAUGGGAGCGGCAGGGUCUGCAGGCUGAAGAAGGCCAUCUAUGGCCUUAAGCAGGCGCCUCGUGCAUGGUAUCACAAGUUGGAGGAGGCGCUGUUGGCUGGGGGUUUCAAGAAGAGUGAGUGUGACCCCAGCCUGUUCCUGCUGCAGGAGAAGGAUGAAAUCCUCAUGCUCUUGGUGUAUGUGGAUGAUAUCCUUCUCUUUUCUGCAUCCACUGCUUUGCUGGACAGCGCAGAGCAGAUGCUGGAGAUGCAGUUCAAGUGCUCCAAGAUGGGUGAGGCGAAGUACUACUUGGGGAUGCAUGUGGAGAGAGAUGUGGAAAAGGGUGUGCUGAGGUUGCACCAGAGGAAGUACUGUGAGGGGCUGGCUGAGAAGUAUGGGCUGCAAGAUGGGGGAAAGCCAGCAACACCACUACCUUCAGGGUUUACUGUGGAGCCAUGUGCUGAUGAGGAGGUAGUGGGUGAUAGUGACAGGAAGCUGUUUCAUUCGAUGGUUGGGUCGCUGAAUUAUGCUGCAAAUCAUACACGGCCUGACAUUGCAUUUGCUACAUCACGACUGGCUAGCGUGGUUUCACGUCCUAGUCAUGAGCAGCUGGAAGCGGCCAAGAGGUUGGUCCGCUAUGUGAGUGCUACGGCAUCAGUGGGAUUGGAGUACAGUGGAGUGAGGCAGCGGUUGCAGAGAGGUGCUGCAGAUGUGAAGAGUGGUGAGAUGCUCUUGAGUUGCUAUACUGACGCUAGCUUCAACUCAGUGAAAGCGGAUGGCACCAGCAUUGGGGGUUAUGUGUGCUUGCUGGGAGGUGGUGCUGUGAGCUGGCGCAGCAAGAAGCAAAAUGAGGUGGGAUUGUCUUCAUGUGAGACUGAGUACAUGGCCUUACACCAUGGGGCCAAGGAAGUGGUAUGGCUGAGGCGUUUGUUAGAGGAGUUGGGAGUUGGUCAGGAGGAGCCGACAGUUGUGUUCUGUGACAAUGAGUCUGCAGUGAAGCUGGCCAAGAAUGCUUGUCUGCAUGGGCUGACAAAACACAUAAGGCCUAAGUGGCAUUGGGUGAGGAGAAUCCUUGAUAAGGAGGUGCGGCUGGAGAUAGUGAAGACCCAUCAGCAGGCAGCAGAUAUUUUCACUAAGCGUCUGGCGGAGGCGGAUCAUUGGAAGGGCAUGAAGCUUGCUGGGAUGAGUGUGCAUUGAGUAUGCAUGCUUGAGAUGUGGUAUGGUCGAUGAUGGUUGGCAGCCAGAGGGGGAGAUUGUUGUGUGAUGUCAUCAUAUGCUAUCACAUUCUGUCUGCCUCCCAUCCCAUGUUUUCAACUUGCAUGUGUGGUUUGAAUGUGCAAGCAUUUGUGUGGUGUGUUCUGGAGUUUGGGAAUGUGUUCUGUGUUAUUUUUGUUUGAGCAGGUAUUUGUGAUGAUAGAUCUUGAGAAGAUCUUUCCGACGCAACGAGAAUCCCUUCAAUCGGAGCAAGAAUGCGAAAGCUAUGAAGAUUCAAAGUUCAUGAGCUUGCGUUACAAUUGCGGCGGUUACUAAGUGAAGUUGUGGGGUGACUCUAUAUGGAGUUGGGACCUUUGGGGUUGGGGAAACUUGUCACUCUACUGUAACAGCUGCAAAUAGGUUGGGAACAACCAAGCUAGGUUGGCAAGGGUGGCCAACUUGGAUGGAUUGGUUGGGAAGGGACAAAGGUCAAAGUUGAGGUUCCUAUAGGGAGGGAAUCUUUGUGCUUAUGGGGUUUCCUUGGUUGGGGACUCUCUUGGGACCUUCCCUCUCAUCCCUCUCUUCCUAUCCCAACCUUUCUCUUGCUCCUUCUAAUUCCUUGUGAGAUUCUUGAACUUUGAUUGAACCUUUGAGA